AUGCUCCAUCCUCUGCCCUCCAACACCUCCCUCCCCUUACCAUCCUCAUGUGACGACCCGUGGCUCAUCUCCAUUAACUCCUCUCUGGCCUCGCGUUUUUUUCCCAAUGCGGUCGGCGUCUGUAGUGGACGCUGCCUCUUCCCCGCGAUCUGCCAAACACGCCGGCCCGCUGCGGCUGCCUGUUUAAAAAGGGGGGCGCUCUCCAUGACGGGCGAGGAGAAUGCCACGCCGCGGAGGUAA